CAAGGAAGUAGUGAGUCAGUGUUUCUGAACCAGUUGUUGCAGCAGUUCGCACAUCGAUAUGGCUGUUUCUCUGAGGUUUCUUCUUAUUCUACCUCUGUUAACAGGAAGUGAAAGUGUGAAGACAAUCACUAAGGUCUCAGUGAGGGUGGGAGCUUCAGUCAGUAUCCCCUGUUUUUAUGAUUUAAAAUACCAAAAUCAUGUGAAAUAUCUAUGCAAAGGAAGAAAUUGGCGUUACUGCUCAUAUGAAGUUAGAACAGACUCACCACGGGAAACAGGAACGUAUUCAAUCUCUGAUGACAAAAUUCAAAGAAUUUUCACUGUUACCAUAAAACACUUAAGAGCUGGCACUCAUUACUACUGGUGUAUUGUGGAGAUCAAUAACGGAGGUGAUGACGGGGAGCUCUUUCAGCUGUCAGUCACCGAAGAUACACCCACCCUCUGGGUGGCAGACCAGAAUGUGACUGGAUUUAUUGACGACAAUAUAAACAUAACCUUUAACUACGCUACCUCUGGAGGAAUAAAGUGGUGUAAACUGGGCAGGACAUGUGUGACAGAGGCAACUGGAGAAAUAGAUGGAACAGCAGUAACCAUCACCAAGGCCAUAAACAAUGUAUUCAAUGUAACAAUGAUUGGACUGAAGCAAGAGAACAGUGGUUGGUAUUACUGUGCCAACGGAGAUUUUCAGAUGCCAGUUUACCUGACUGUGACUGUCAGACCCACUGCUGCAACAGCUACUAUAGUUGCAACAACUACUGUCACAGGAGGAAGAGAAAAUGCAAGAACACUUCCUGGAGGAAGCAGACCUUUUCCUGCUCUGAUGAGCCUCGCCAUCCCUCUGAGUGUGCUGAUCUUCAUUGUUAUUGCUGCCUUAUCAAUCCUGUUUGUACAGAGAAGAACCAAACAUGUCACAGUUAAGGAUCCAACAGCCUCAAAAAAUGAAGGGGAUUUAACAUAUGCAGAAGUCUUUUUCAAGCAAAACAAGGCAGCCCAGGCUGCAAGUGAAGCCGAGGUUCCUGGCAAGAAACAGAGUGAGAGAAGGAGUGAAGGAAAAGAUGAGGAUGUUACAUACAGCGCAAUCAUUCAUCACAAGCAAAAUGUUUAAAUCUAUCAAAUUUUACCUGAUAUUGUCUGUCUCCACAAGUGUAAAACAAUGACUCAUUGUCUUAGGAAAGCCUCUGAUCAUGUGUUUUCUUCUUCUUUUUUUUACAUUGAGUAUACGUGUUUAUAUGCUCAUACUCAAGGGGUGAAUAGUGAGUUUAGCUUUUGUUGCUUCUUAUUGAGGAUAGAAUGGGUUUAUAACAACACCUCAAAAAAAUCCAAAAAAUAUGAGGAUAUUGUCAAUAUCUGAAUUUACUUUUACACAAGAAGUAAAAUUUGUAAAUACCAUUGUUAUUACCUAUAAUAAUUUGGUAGGAAGAUUUGCAUGAGCUGCUGCUAAAUUAUGAUGUGUGUAAAUCUGGAAUAAUCAAGACUGAAUCCCUUUACUAAGAAGUUUCUUCUGAUUGGUAGUAAUAUAGGACUGUAGAUUAGACCAUGAUGAGGUGCAUUGCUGUUACAACUCUACCCUAUGCCUAACUGAACUUAGUUCUUAAUUUGGCCGAUAAAUCUGAUAAUAUUUUUUUUUUUUUU